CCCACGCUCGGGCUGCGGCGGGGACCCUGAGGAAGGACAGCCGUAGAACAGCGUGAUGGACUUCAGAGGAAAACCCUCUUCCCAGGAGGGGGAACACUCCGAGACUAACGCACGGGCCCGGUGAAGGGAUUUACCUUCAUCGAGAGAAAGACUGAGGGUAGCACAGUUGGGUCGAGAUACACCAGUCAACAAGACUUCCUUGCUAGGGACACUCCCUCCAUUUAAGGAGACAGGAGCCCAGGCAAAACCCUUUGGGGAUCCAAACGCACCUCACUCGGGGUGGGGGCUCUUUUUUUAAAAGCAGGUGGAAGGGCCUGUUUAGACGGAUGGAUGGAUUUGGCUGUGUGGCCUUUCUCAAUGAGAUGUCUAACCUGCUACAUAUUUUUCAAUGCCCCUUUAUAGCGCGAGUCUGCAGCCUGAGACCCCUGCAUUAGGGGAGGUUUUGUGCAUUGGGUAAAACUACACAGAAGAAUCACCUGAACUCAGGCAUGCAAAGGAAGCUGCUCAGUGCCAAUUCCUGGGGCUAGUUACACGCAGUCACGAGCUGCUGCUGGAAGUCUUCCCAUAUUAAGUAACUGAUCCUUUCCACACCAUGACGAAGUAGAAAUAAUGCUGUCAACAUGUCUGUGCAGUCAUUGCUUUGUGAGAGAAUCGCCGUUGCUAAGGAAUUAAUGAAGAGAGCAGAAGCCCUUUCCAGAUCACAGAAAGGAGGUAUAGAAGGUGGAGCAAAGCUAUGCAGCAAAUUGAAGGCCGAGUUGAAAUUCUUGCACAGGGUGGAGGCGGGGAAGGUGGCCAUUAAGGAGUCCCAUCUGCAGAGUACCAAUCUCACACAUCUCCGAGCCAUAAUUGAGUCAGCAGAGAACCUGGAGGAGGUCGUCAGUGUCCUUCAUGUCUUUGCCUAUGAAGACUGCUUUGGAGAAAAGCAAAUGCUGGUGGUAGAUGUUGUUGCAAAUGGUGGCCACACUUGGGUAAAAGCAAUUGGUCGAAAGGCUGAAGCUCUUCACAAUAUUUGGCUGGGCCGGGGCCAGUAUGGCGACAAAAGCAUCAUUGAGCAGGCGGAGGACUUCCUGCAAGCGAGCCGUCAGCAACCAGUGCAAUAUAGCAACCCCCAUAUUAUCUUUGCUUUUUAUAAUAGUGUGUCCAGUCCUAUGGCAGAGAGGCUGAAAGAGAUGGGCAUAUCCGUGCGGGGAGACGUAGUUGCUGUUAACUCUUUGGCAGAGCACUUGACUGAAGAGAGAUACUUAAGUGCCAGUGAAUCUGAUGAAGAAAGCCCUGAGGUCCUGCAGGUGACCAGAGUAGACCGGGAGAAUUUAGUAGCCAGCAUUGCGUUUCCUACAGAGAUCAAAGUAGAUGUGUGCAAUAGGGUUAACUUGGACAUCACUACUUUAAUUACAUAUGUCUCUUCCCUUAGCUAUGGUGGCUGCUACUUCAGUUUUAAGGAGAAAGUGUUAACGGAGCAGGCAGCACAGGAAAGGAAGGAGAGAGUCCUGCCUCAGUUAGAGGAUUUCAUGAAUGGCAAGGAGCUGUUCGCUUGUGAAUCCGCAGUCAAAGAUUUUCAGUCCAUCUUAGAAACUCUAGGAGGACCUGGGGAGAAAGAUCGAGCCAUCUCUCUCAUGAAGAGAAUUAAUGUGGUGCCAGACCAGCCCUCUGACCGUGCCUUAAGACUAGUGGCUAGUUCAAAAAUCAAUAGCCGCUCUCUAGCCAUCUUUGGGACAGGAGACACUUUAAAAGCCAUCACGAUGACCGCAAACAGCGGUUUUGUUAGGGCAGCAGCUAACCAAGGGGUUAAGUUUAGCGUGCUUAUCCAUCAGCCAAGGGCACUGACUGAAAGCAAAGAGUCUGUUGCCAUGCCUUUACCAAAGAAUUGCACAGCUGAUAGUGGGCUUUGACUAAGCCAUCUAAUUAAUUACAGUCAUUAAAAUAACUGUUUAAACCUGCUGCAGUGGAGGCAGUUCAAGAAAUAGAACUCUCAAAACAAUACUUUUUUUUAUGUGUGCCAGAUCCUGAUACGUGUAGUAAUUUACCUUCAAAUGAAAAAUUCAAGAAAAUAGUAGUUGUAAUGGAUAAAGAAAUAUAAGUUAAAAAACGUACAUCCUCUGUAUGUGGAAUUUUUGUUCUCAACUCAAUAGAGUAUACAAUAAUUUAUUCAUGGGAAUAACUGCAUUUCAGUGGAAAAUGUUAACUGUGUUCUACCUUAUUAAAAAGUUCAGUUAGAAACUCAA